CGCCACCCGGCAUGCUUCGCCUCAGAUCGUGGCACUCUAUGAUUCCAGUGAACGUCCCAUAAAAAAUAGUCUCCUUUUAAAAUCACAGAAAGUCUAGUGUUCGCUUAACCUCCUUUUUUACGCGUGUUGUUUUGUGUGUUGUAGACUUAGAGCCUGCAUUUACAUUCAGGUAUUACCGGUAGCCCCAGCCAUGAAAUAUCGCCAUGACGUGAAAUGAGACGUCCUGGAGAAGAAGUUCUAUGAAAGUGCGAGCUGUUUAAGUUGGGCCAAGCUUUGUCGAUACAAUGGGGUAUGAUGACGUCAUUCCACUUCUUGGGGACUUUGGAAAAUAUCAACGUAGGAUUUACCUACUCUUAUGCAUUCCAGCCAUCUCUUGUGCCUUCCAUAAGUUAGGAAAUGUAUUUCUCAUUGCCGAACCAUCCUAUAGAUGCAGGCUUCCUGAAGAGCUAGAAAAUGCCACAUAUCAGCUUAACAGAACAGUGUUAGAGAAAAACUACCCAUGGGAUUACUUACAUCACACAUACGAUUCAUGUGAUAUGUUAAUCAACAAUCAAUCUGUACCUUGUGAUGGACCCUACGUUUUCGAUCACAGUGUAUAUGGAUAUACGACUGUUAUAGAGUAUGAAUUGACAUGCAAGAAGGCCUAUCUUAUAGCUACUUCCAAUGCUCUGUUUAUGGUGGGAGUUAUGAUAGGUUCCAUAGUUUUUGGAGAGAUGUCGGAUAGGUGUGGAAGAAAGAAAACUUUCUUCAUAUCCCUAGUUAUCCAACUGAUAUUUGGUAUUCUGGCUGCUAUAUCUCCAGAGUAUUGGACCUUCACGUUGUCUAGAAUGAUAGUAGGUGCCACUACAUCUGGCGUUUUCCUAGUUGCUUAUGUCAUAGGCUUAGAAAUGGUGGGACCAUCGAAAAGAACAAUAGCUGGAACCGUCUGUCACAUGUUCUUCUCAGUGGGUUACAUGGCCACAGCUGCAUUUGCAAUGUACAUUACAAACUGGAGAACAUUGCAGUUAGGGCUUACAUUGCCUGGUGUGAUGUUUCUCAUUUACUGGUGGUUCAUUCCAGAAUCAGCUAGGUGGCUGAUUUCAAAAAAUCGUAUAGACGAGGCUAAAAGACUGAUUCAUGAUGCCGCAAAGUACAAUAAGGUUACUAUUUCCGAUGAGACCUUAGAUGUAUUAUUGAAACCUACUGAAGAAAAAGUGAAGAAAAAAGAUGAAAAAGACGCUUCAGUUUUAGAUAUAUUCAAACAUUCUAACAUGCGAAAGAAGGCUUUAAUAAUUUUUUACGAUUGGUUUGCAAACAACAUCACAUAUUAUGGUCUCUCAUGGAAUACUAAUAAUCUUGGUGGAGAUCCUUACCUAAACUUUGUGAUAUCGGGAGCAGUGGAAAUUCCAGCGUACACUUUCAUUCUUCUGUUCCUCAACAGAUGGGGUAGAAGGAAUUUGAUGUGUGGAUGUAUGAUAAUGGCUGGAAUAGCUUUGUUAUUAACCAUGCUUAUCCCAAAAGAUAUGCAGUGGUUGACGAUAACUCUCGCGAUGUUCGGUAAAAUGGCCAUCACAGCAAGUUACGGAGCAGUGUACAUAUUCUCCACUGAGCAGUUUCCAACAGUGAUAAGGAAUGCAGGGUUAGGCGCUGGGUCUACCUGCGCUAGGUUAGGAUCUAUAAUUGCUCCGUACAUCAACAUUAUGCAAAAACGUGAUAUGGUUUCCAUAGUAGGUAUGUGCUGGUUUUGAAAACUAUUGAAGAUCACGAGAUCCACCUCGCAAAAGUCUAGAAGGGUCAUGCACUGGCAUUUGUCACAACAAUGAGUAUACUAAAACUGUAAUAUUCUAUCUAUAUUUUUAGUAAUUCAUUACAUAGACCCAAAAAAUAAAAAGUGCUUGGUGCUGGGGUAUCCGAUAUAUUUUUCCCAAGCAUUUUUCCCGCUGAACACAAAUCUGAAGUCAAAAUUCAAUGGGCUAAUAUGAAAAAAAUUUAGACAUCAGAAUUACACAUUUUAUCUCGGACAUCUCUGAAGAAAUGCAAAACUACCAAAAAUACCAAAAUCUUUGACCUUAAUGCCUAAAAAAGGAUGGGGUAACUAUAUGUGGGUUCCGCAGCACCCAGUACUUUUUUAUUUUGUGGGUUUGUGUUAUUCUGUAUUUUUGUUUUUAUAGACACAUGUGUGGAAACCGCUUCCUCUACUAGUUUUUGGCUCUCUUUCCUUACUCGGAGGUAUUAUAUCGCUAGUUCUACCUGAAACUCUCAACAAAAAGUUACCUGAAACUAUUGAAGAAGGAGAAGCGUUUGGAAAAAAGCUUCCAAAGAAAAAACAGUUUGCAGAAGACGCAGAUGAAACGGAAAGGCUAGACGGCAUAAAAGCUAUAAAAGAUGUAGAAGCUGCAGAUGCGGAAGCACUUGAAGUUGAAUCAAAGCUUCUGGAUUAAGCAUGUCAAAACACCUCAUGUAAUUUAUUAAUACGGAGAGCAUACUCAUAUCGAGGAAUUGUAUUAUCAUACAGGGUGUGCUUAGGUUUUUUGGCACUUCACAUCACCCGUAUGCUGCUGAAGGAGCGCUAGAUUACCCAUCGCUGGUCGAUGUGUAAAUAUUUAUCAAAAAUAUUUCUCUAUACUUAUGUUUGCAUUUUCUUGUGUGCGAAUGUAUCCUUACUCAUUUCAUAAAUUAUUUCAAUGAUGGAAGUCAACAAAAGCUAUCAUCAUCAGUCAAGUAUUUUUCGUUUUUAGAUAUUACUUUUGCAGUUAAGAGAUUUGAUCCGUCAAAAAAUCCUAAAAGUCCCUGUAUGUAAACAGAAUGUUACGUUUAACGUUUUAAUUACAUAUUAGCAGUUUGGUUGACAAGAUAAUAGCCAAAACAUGUUAGUGUCAAUUUUAAGUAUAACAUUAUUUGUACUAUUUUUUGUACAACUAUACUGUAUCCAAAGAUGGUUAUGAAUAGAAUUUUUUCUAUUUGUAUAUACUCAUUUGUUAUACAACUUUGAAGUUUGUUUUAGUAAAUGGCUAUAAAGCCGUCGAGGAAAAUUUCUAGAAGAAAUAAUGUACAUAGUUUUUAAGCAAAUAAAUCUAAAAAAUAAAUUAUGUAGGUCUGUUACGUAAAUAGUAAUAUAGACCUACGAUAAAAUAUGUUUUGUACAGUAUUGCAAAUUUGGAAAUGAUGGACUAUGGCUAUGUUUUUUAUGAAGGUUUUCAGUGUAUUAUAAAAGGCGAAAAAAGUGGUGUUAUGUCACGAACCGUUCUUAGAAUAUUAUAUCUUUUAGUUUUCUAUGAAACAAUUCUUUCUUGAACUGAGUGUGGAUAUAAACAUAUGGAGUAACACACUGGGCUUGUCAACUACAUCCAUUUUAGUUUUAAGUGUUCUAGCCGCAACCUUUGAAGUUUGAAACUUGCUAAGCUCUCUCUAUUGUUUUCCGCUAGUCACUUUUUGUAAAUAUUUUAUAAUAGUUUAUAUCGAUCAGAAUCUCCUAUUUUUCAGGUUCUGUUUUAAGUUGAAUCAGAAUGUUGAAAGUAUGUAUUUUUAUUUUUUACACCUAAAGAUUCAAGAUUUCAAAUAACGAGGAAAAUGAAAAAGUAUAAGUUUGUGCUAGUGUGAAAGCUGUACAGUUAUGGAAAGUGCAAAAUAUUAUUUUCUGAAUAUUCGCAUGUUUUAACUUAGUUUUCUCCCAAAUUAAACUAGUCAAAAAAGGAAUAUAUUUAUUUUGACUAUUAUGUUCUCAUAUCUGUCUCCUAUGAAAUUUUAUUGUGGCAACACAGGUCAGGCCAGGUGUGUAAAAUUAUCCACCUAUUUCGUGUCGGUUUGUUACUAAAGGGUUUUUUAUUAAGGACUUGACAACUUUCCUUAAUUAAAACGCAAACCAUUUGAGAUAUCUCGAAAAUUUUAUUAUUGGAUUGAAGUAUACUCAAAACAUUUAUGUAUGGAAUUCGACCUCGUUCAUAUGUCCACCACGGGCACGUUCGCAAUGACUCGGCCACACAUUUCGACAGAAACAGCCGCUAUCUCUCGUUCAAUAUUGGCUUGUUGGCAUAGACCAAUGAUUUAAUGUAGCCCCUCAAAAAAAGUCUAGAGGUGUUAAAUCACACGAUCUAGGCGGCCAUUCGACAGGACAUUUCUCGAUAUAACACGUUCAUCGAAUUUUGAUUUCAAUAUGUCGACUGUUUCACCCGCUGUGUGGCUUGUGGCACCGUCUUGUUGAAACCACAUAUUAUUAAUGUCCUGACCAUCCAGUUGACCAACAAAAUAACGUUUCAACAUGUCUCUGUAGCGAUCUCCGUUGACUGUCAUUUUCAUCACUGUAAAAAAAAACGGCCCAAUUGCACCACCGAUAUGAAAACCACAUCAUACAGUUAUUUUUUGUGGAUGAAGUGGUGCUUCUUGAAGCACAUGAGGGCUUUCAACUAACCAAUAACGCAUAUUCUAUUUGUUGACGAAGCCGUUUAGCACAAACUGCGCCUCAUCACUGAAGAUGAUUUUGCGAUGAAGUUGAUCAUUUUCUUGCAACAUUUCUAGAUCCCAAUUCGAGAACGUACGUCGGUACAUGUGACCGAACGGCUUCAGUUCUUGGGUUAACUUGAUCUUAUAAGGGUGCAGCCCAAGAUCUCUUCGCAAAAUUCGCCAUAGUGCGGUCUGAGCGACGCCCAAUUCUUGGGAACGCCGUGGAAUCGAUGUGUUCUGUUCAUUUGCGACGGAAGCUUGAACGGCAGCAAUAUUCGACACUUCGACCAACCCGUUGUCGCACUGGCACGGUAACAUAAUGCAGCGAAUAUGUAGACUCACAUUUUUUACUAGACUAUGAAUUGCUUGUCUACUGGAACGAGAAUUACGACCAAAAAUUGGCGUUAACGCUCUUCAAGUUGCAGUCACCGACUUAUUUGUAGCGUUAUUCGUUUGUGUACUUCACCAUGAUGAAAAUGUUUUCUUUUCUGAAUGAUUUGAAAUUGACAGUUCGGUAAUUGAUUUAAAGCUGCGUUCACAGUGGGAGUUCAAAGUUGUCAAGUCCCUAUUGGAAAACCCGUUGCAAACAUUACUGCGGAAGGUACCUAUAUAUUGUUAUUGCAAAUGAUUUUUGACUCCAAAGGAGACGUUUUGGAUAUAUGCUAUGGAUUGACAGUCUGAUCCAGUGUUCUAUUCGCAUAUGUUGUAUAUGAUUUUAAACAAAUGAGAUAUUAGUCAGAGAGAAAGUUUGGGGUGUGCAUCUAGACAAAAAAAUUUUAAAUUAAUCUCAAAGACUGAAGGCUCAUCUGAUAUUUACGAGAUGUGCAAACUUUUUAGGUAUAUGCUAGAGGGAAGGAAAUCACCUGAUCGAAUACCAUAGUAGAAUUACCACACACACACAUUCGUUAGUUUUACUACAUUAUUUUGCAAUAAUAGCUUUACUUCCAAUAAACGCUAUAGCUUCAUGUAUACCUUCCAGUGUGGUUCCCUUAUACCCAUGCAAGCCUAAAAAUUUAGUUUAUCCUGUUUUUAUAUUAUGUAUACUAUGUAAAGGUCGAUAAAGUUCUUUCCAUUUUAUAUGAAGAAUUUUUAUUUGUAAUAUUGUCUAUGCAUUUAUGUAUUUAAGUAUAUGUUUCUUUUCGUGAAACGUAACGCCCUUACCUGCCUACUUUUCUCUGCCAAAAAUGUAUUAUCUCAUUAUUAACAGAAAUCCAACUAUUUCAAACUCUUUGUGGAAUACUUAUAAAAUACGUAAAAAUCCACGUUUUUGUAUGGAUUAUUUUAAAAUAAAGAAUAUUGCCUAUA